CCUCCUUGCCUUGUUAAUACUAACAAUUGAAUGUUCAUGUUAGUGUUGGUGUAUAGCGGUGUGUUUAAUCGUAAUUUGCAAUUGUAUUUCUACCACUUUCGUUCUCAUUGGGGUUUGUUUCAGAGUUUUGUAGACAUAUGGAAUCCCGAAGGGGAUUAUGUGAAUUGUGUGGUGGAACUUUUAAGCACAGGAAGAGCUUAUACAGACAUAUAGUGAAAUUUCACAUGGAUGUAAAAAGAAAUCAGGGUAAAGAGACUUGUAACAUUUGUCACAGGAAUUUUUGGAAUGUGGCAGCACGAGAUCGCCACUUCAGGACGCACAAUACAUCAUUCGGAAAGGUGUCAUGCACAGAAUGCAAUGAUUUUAAAUGCCGUUUCAUGCGAGACUUAAGAAGCCAUCUAGAAUGUCAGCAUGGAAUUAAGAUUGAAAGAGAAGAAAUGGAGUUUGAUUCCAUGGAACAGUUCCUUCAGUGGAAAGAAAAGAUGGAAGGUGAAAAAAGAGUUUCAUUCAUAAAACAACGUGGUGGCACACUAAACACGCAGAAGUCUAAAAUUUAUUAUUUAUGCCACCGUUCAGGAAAUUUCAAAACAGUGGGUUUGGGGCAAAGGUUGGCUGGUCCCUCGGUCAAAAUUGGUCGCACAUGUCCUGCCUCUUUGAUAGCGACAAAGAUGCCAUCAGGCAAAGUCAGUGUCCAGUUCUAUGCCACACACACAGGCCACAGCUUCUCUAUGGGUUCUCUGCAUCUCACUCCUGCCGACAGAGCAAUGGUUGCUGACUUAAUUGCAAGUGGUCUAUCAGAUGCUGAAAUUUUAAAGAAAAUAAGAGAUGGUGCACAUGAAAGCAGCUUAAAAAGGGUACACAUGUUAAAAAGGAAAGACAUUUAUAAUAUCAAAAAACAAUAUAAAUUGGACAUCCCUUUAGAUAAGAAUGUAGCAGUUAAUGUGAAACAGGAGUCAUCUGUUGUCAACACUGAUAACUUGCAAGCUGCAGCACAGGAGAGGUGUGAUCUGUUAAAAGAAAUGAUGGCAAGUGUUGACGAUGAAAAUAUUAGUCAGUAUAUCGAGUCACUGGACAGACUAAUAGAGGAAGCCAGUGAAACUGUUGCAUCACAGGAAGAGGACUCUAUUGGCAGACAAGAAUAUAUUGAUCCUAAACAUGGCCAUGUAAUGGCAAUCAUUUAUAUUUAAUGCUUUUGUUUGAAUGUUAAUAGUACAUGUAUUUGAAAGGAAGUUUUAAAUUUUUUCCUUCCCUCUCUAUGCCCAGCCAGUUGUCAACACGAAUUUAAUUUGAUACUGCCACCAAAAUAUUUAAAAACAUAGAAACACAACAUUCACAGUGUCUGUAUUCAGUUUUCCUGAUUAUGUUCAUUUAAGUUAUUAUUUAGUAACUCACUAGACAUGCAAAACAAGAGAGAAGUUUCCAUUCAGCAGUUGUCUUGUGUACUGAAGUUUAGAACUUAAUGUGUUUCUUUGCAUAAUGUGGCUUUAACAUUUAUGUUUGCUCUAAGCUGAUGCAAAUACAUUGUCAAACCAGUUUGUGCUCCCUAUUACAGAGUGUCAGUGCAUCUUAAGCAUAGCCUAUCAUAAAUAAAUGAAUGUUCGUAGAAAGGCUAUCUUUUGUGAAGUUGUUACAACAUAUUGACUUUCUGGCUGGUCCUGGAGUGCUUUGCUGGGUAUCACUUCUUACCUGAGUACUGGUUACUUUCCACAUUAUACAGAUUGGUUUGAAACAGCAUGGCGAAACUUGAGGAAUGGAUUCCUCUUAUAACAACAUGAAAAACAGGAUAUGUCAACAUGGGUGCAGAAAUGCACAGUUACAGAGUUAUUCAAGCAUUUUACUGUUAACACAGUGCACGCAGACAAGUGCUGUUUCCUGGAAGAAAAUUACGACGCCAGUUACAAGUGUUACACAAGUAAUAAAAUUGUGAAUCGGUGUGAUAUGGGCCUGAACGUUCUUCAGCAUGUGCAGAUGAAGUACACUGAUUGCCAGUUAAAUAAGUGGUUGUUGGCAUAUCCAUUGUUAGUAACUGUGGUGUGCAAUCAGCUCUGAAAUGAUGCAUAAGUGCUAGGAACAAUAAAUGUGUCCAUGAUAAUUAGCAAAGAUUUGUGUCGGGUGGUGCCUGUGCCUAUGGUUUGCAGUCUGGAAAUGUAGACCAACCAAAAGUUUGCGACCAUGCAUUCUGUAUACAGUUUAGUGGACGGCAGUGCAUUGGAGGCAUGUUGCUUGUACCAAAAAUGCUACCCAUUUUGCAGAUUACCAGACCGAAAGACAUUUGAAGGAAUUCAUUGCUUUCUCUGUGAAUAUGAGAGUUUCACACAUCCUUCUGGGAGCUGGGGGUCGUCAUGACGUGCAACACCAGAGGACGAGAAAGAUCUACUCAAAGCUGUGGAGGAAAGUCCUUGAAUCAGCGCAAGGCAGUUAGACUCGCAGAGGAAUGUGCCACACGUGGCGAUCUGCAGACCGUUACGUAUAAAUGUCUGGACUCAUACCAUCUGCAGUGUGUAUAAGCCUUGUCUCCUGUGGAUUAUCCUCUAAGAGUAACAUUCUGCCAGUGGUUCCUGCCGCAUUUUGUUAUGAUGCUCAACUUUGCAGCUGUUGUCCCUUCAAAAGGGACGGAACCCAGAAUUUGUAUAACCAGCAUGUGUGGGCAGACACAAAUCCCCAGGCAGCUAUCCAGUUGUCUCAUUAUCAGAGGUUCUCCAUUAACAUUUGGGCCGUCACUGUUGGUGAUUGCUUGUUGGGACCGUAUGUACUUCCCGGGAGACUUAUAGAACAGAACUACAAAGAUUCCUCGCUUACUGCAUUGCCUGAGUACUUAGAAUACAUGCCAUUUGCUGCAUCCCAUUGAUGAAUGUGUUUCAUGCCCAGUGAUGCUCUAACACAUUUGUUUGUCUGCCUGGAGGCACCUAAAUGCACAUUUUCCUGAGCACUUAAUAAGGAGAGGUGGAUCAGUUGCUUGGCCAUCUCCUUCACCUAACUUAAAACACCUGGACUUUCAUCUGUAUGGACACACAUUCUCUUGUGCAUUGGACCAUUGUUGUGGAUGAACCUACUCUCUAUGCAUGCACUUGACAGUGUUUCCUUCAGUACGAACAAUACCAGGAAUUUUUUAUUGUGUGUGGAAUUCAAUGAAGUAACUGUAUUCUGUCAGGAAGAGGUCACUUUGAACAUUUCGUGUGAUAAGUAACCAGAAUGUAGUACCUGGAAUUACAGAUGUACAGUGCAGUUUGUAGGAACUGAAGAUUGAAUAAAUCUGUAACCAUGCA